CUACUUCUCUUUUUUCCCGAGAUUUCCUCUUUUUUCCGGUCAUUUCCAGAAAACAAUAUCCCGAAUUUUGAGCCCAUAAAACUCUACGAGGAAAUAGGAGUUGUCUUCACUCCGAACGGGAAGACUGCGGUCUUGACUCCUGGAACGGAGGAGUGCAGAAGAAGGAAGGGAGAGGGAGAGAGAGAGAGAUGUGACGAAGAAGGAGGAGUUCUGGUUUGGGCUUUGGGGACGGAGCUCUGCUGCUUGAGGUACUUCCGAAACGGAAAGAGGCUUUGGGAGGGAAGAGGAAGAGGUGGGGAAGGGUCGUUUCUGGUUUGGGAGAUGCAGACGGAAGCGGCGGCAGCGGCCGACGGGAGGCUUCACCACCAGGGGACGGCGAGAGCGCACCUAUCGGCGUGCUCGCAGUCGCUGAACUCGGGCAGCCUCGACCGCGCCGGUGUCAGAAAAUACACGCACUCUGUGCAGCAGUCGCAGAUCGGGACUAUUUCCCAGCUGCUCGCCGGUGGCAUCGCGGGCGCCGUCAGCAAGACCUGCACAGCGCCGCUGGCGCGCCUUACCAUCCUCUUCCAGCUACAAGGGAUGCACUCUGAUGUUGCUACUCUGAGCAAGCCUAGCAUAUGGCGUGAGGCUUCUCGUAUUGUUUAUGAAGAAGGUUUCAGAGCAUUCUGGAAGGGAAAUUUGGUGACAAUAGUGCAUCGUCUUCCAUAUUCAUCAAUCAGCUUUUAUUCAUACGAGCGAUAUAAAAAUUUCUUGCAAUCAAUUCCUGCAUUGGAUAAGGAUAGAGAAAAUGCAAGUGUGGAUCUUUUUGUGCGCCUUGUAGGUGGUGGUUUAGCUGGAAUAACAGCAGCCUCUAUUACAUACCCAUUGGAUCUUGUCAGAACUAGGCUCGCUGCUCAGACGAAUGCCAUCUAUUACAGGGGCAUUUCACAUGCACUUUGCACCAUUUGCAGAGAUGAGGGCAUUAGGGGACUCUACAAAGGUUUAGGUGCAACGCUUCUGGGGGUGGGUCCCAAUAUAUCAAUAAGCUUUUGUGUCUAUGAAACUCUGAGAUCAUCUUGGCAAAUACACAGGCCAAGUGAUUCUUCCAUUCUUGUCAGCUUGGCUUGUGGAAGCCUCUCUGGUAUUGCAUCCUCAACAGUGACAUUUCCUCUGGAUCUGGUAAGACGGCGGAAACAGUUGGAAGGGGCUGCAGGUCGUCCUCGUGUUUAUAAUAUGGGGCUUUUUGGAACAUUUGCACACAUAGUGCGGACUGAAGGAUUCCGUGGACUGUACAGAGGCAUCCUUCCUGAAUACUACAAGGUUGUUCCUAGUGUUGGCAUAGUCUUCAUGACAUACGAGACAAUGAAGAUGCUUCUUUCCGAUCCUCCGGAUGACUGAGCCCUUGAGUUGAAAUGCCAUUGCAUUAAAUUCUACCUCAGUGGAGAACCUAAUGUGCACAGUAUGAUAUAAAGUCCAAAGUGGUUUGAUUUUUUUUUUUUGCUGCGUCCGAGGAACCGUGGUAGCAAGUUUUGUAAUUGCUGCCAUGAAACGGCACAUUUUCUUUGUAUAGAUCAAAUAUUGUUAUGCUCUAAAAUGUAUCAAUAGGUUAUAUUAGUAUUCAUGUGUUUCUAAUAUUAAUUCAUUUUUCAGAA